AUGGGAGUGCAUUCUCCGGUGGACAACCACGACCCGGACAACAGGAAAGGUCACAUCGCGGGCCUUUUGAAGGGCGUCAGACUGGGACUACUUGAUGCAAAGUUUUUCAAAGAGAAGGUGGAGAGGGUCGAUUCGAUCGGUCCGCGAGCAAUCCAUGGCACGGCAGUAGUCGGUUUCGACAUUUACGUCAUCGGUGGCUUUGACGGCAGGACAUCAUUAAGCUCAUGUUUCUGCUUUAACGCUGCUACGAAGACAUGCCGCGAGGUGGCGCCUAUGAAUGCCCGAAGAUGGGGUUUAAUGGUGGCAGUUCUGCGAGGUUCAGUUUACGUCAUGGGAGGUUACGAGCAUGAGCAUCGUGAAGAUCUCAGAACGGCUGAAAGAUACGACUGCAAGACAAACCACUGGUUUUUUAUCUCUUCCAUGAACAGAGAGCGAUACAAAGGAAGUGCGGCUGUACUGAAUGACAAAAUAUACGUCGCUGGUGGAAGAGAUGGUAAGAAUUAUCUAAACUCGGUGGAAGUUUAUGACCCGGACACCGACCGAUGGACGUUCGUUACACCAAUGCUUUCUGGACGUAGGCAUUUUUCUUGCGUCGCGUUCCACGGCUUUCUGUACGCCAUAGGAGGUCGCAAUGAGACAUCAGAAAAACUCAGUACCGAAAAGUAUGACCCUGCAGAAGACACGUGGACCGAGAUCCCUGGCAUGAACUACUAUUCAGGUUACUUAAACGCAGAAGUGAUCGACGAUAUUAUCUACGUCAUCAGUGGAUAUUAUGACAACGUCGUCGCAUGUUUCAAUGACAAGGAAAAUCGAUGGCAACAGGUGGCAGACAUGAAUAUUUGUAGAUACGGGAUUUCGACUUGUGUCAUCAAGGACUUACCGAAGUUCUCUGAUCAGUGUCACUCUCUUGGGCAGGAAGUGUCUGGCGCACAGAGGCAAAUUAAUGGAGGAGAAACGCAAAAGAAAGAAGGAGGAGUAACGUAA